GGAUCCAGCAUAAUCUUCUGUGGGGCUAGGGAGUAACAGACCUUCGAGAUUCCAAGCAGUAUCUUAGAUGAAGUGAAACAGCAGGAACAUCUUGCUUAGUGCCACGGCCAUUGGUUACUUUUAUCCCCCAUUGGUCUCUGCUCUUGCAUCUUUGAUGUUCUGCUGAGCUUGCCAUCCCAGUCAUUAUCUCUGUUUAAGAGAGUUCAACUGGAAGAGUAGCUGCUAAAAAAUUUUUUAAAGCGAUGCUAGCUGGCACUCAUCCUUUGCAGGUCCUUUGAUUAGAUUUACUUGUCGAAUUAAUUAUCCCUGGCUGCAAUUUCAGGAGAAGUUAUGGAAGUUGGGAUUUGCUGCUCCAUCUUUUAAGAAGUAAAUUGGACGUCUUUAGUUAAAUAGCCCUGUCUCAGAAACAUGGGUAUUAGAGGCAGAGGGAAAAGAAGUCCUGUGUUCCUCAGGAUGUGUCUGCAUGUUUGUGAUAUAUGAAGUUUGGAGCUUUGCUUGAAAUAAAACCUUGGGAUCCUGAUGGGCAAUAUUUGGUCUGAAUGAGCAAGAUUUUCAUUAGAGGCAGACUCCCAAGAAAGAGUUAAGUACACCUCCUUAUUUGUGAAGGACAGUGUCUUCAGCCCUUUCUUCAAGAUUUUUUAUCAUGAAUUAUCACAUGUCAAACUGGACAACUUACCAUAGUUAAAGUUUCACCAGUUGACAAAUUGGAGACUUCCAGACUACUGAAAAGAAGGUGCUUUCAGAACUGGGGAUGUGAAUAAGACGCCUGUGCCAAGGCUCAUGAACCACCUUAAGUUGUCUUUCAGUAUGCAUGGGGGAUUGGUUCCAGGACUACUCCCCCCACUUCUACCCCCUGCAGAUAAACAAAAUCUGCAGGUGCUCAAGUAUCUUAUAUAAACUGGCGUAGAACAAUGCAUACAGUCAGCCCUCUGGAUCCGCAGAUUCCCAACCAAAGAUCAAAAAUAUUUUUUACCUGAGAAAAUGACUGCGGUGUUGGAAGACCAUUGCUAUUGGAAAGCCGGUUAGCAUCCAUUUCCUAAGAGAAACUUGACCACCAUUUGCUCUGGCAUGGCGCAAAGCAGUCCACAGCUUGAUAUGCAGGUUCUCCUUGACCUCCGACAACGUUUCCCUGAGAUUCCAGAGGGUGUGGUGUCUCAGUGCAUGUUACAGAAUAACAACAAUCUUGAAGCCUGUUGCCGAGCCCUUUCCCAGGAGAGUAGCAAAUACUUAUAUAUGGAAUACCAUAGUCCAGAUGACAACAGAAUGAAUAGAAAUCGCCUUUUGCAUAUUAACCUGGGUAUCCAUUCUCCUAGUAGCUACCACCCAGGAGAUGGAGCACAACUUAAUGGUGGCCGAACACUGGUGCAUAGCUCAAGUGAUGGACAUAUUGAUCCACAGCAUGCAGCAGGUAAACAAUUGAUAUGUUUAGUUCCGGAACCACACUCGGCCCCAGCUGUUGUGGCUGCUACUCCAAACUACAAUCCAUUUUUUAUGAAUGAACAGAACAGAAGUGCAGCUACUCCUCCUUCACAGCCACCUCAACAGCCAUCUUCGAUGCAAACAGGAAUGAGUCCAUCUGCUAUGCAAGGGCCUUCACCUCCUUCAUACAUGCACAUACCUCGGUAUAGUACAAAUCCAAUUACUGUUACAGUAUCCCAAAACCUCCCUUCUGGACAGACUGUACCAAGAGCUUUACAAAUUCUUCCACAAAUUCCAAGCAAUCUCUAUGGGUCUCCUGGUUCUAUUUAUAUUAGACAGACAUCUCAGAGUCCAUCAGGAAGACGAACUCCUCAGAGUACCCCAUGGCAGUCCUCACCACAGGGCCCAGUGUCUCAUUAUAGCCAACGUCCUCUACCUAUUUAUCCACAUCAACAGAACUAUCAACCUUCUCAGUAUUCUCCCAAACAACAACAGAUCCCUCAGCCUGCUUACCAUUCGCCACCUCCUUCGCAGUGUCCUUCACCCUUCAGCUCUCCACAACACCAAGUGCAACCUUCGCCGUUGGGCCAUCCGAGUUCCCACGUCUUUAUGCCCCCUAGUCCUUCAACUACUCCACCUCAUCCAUAUCAACAAGGACCUUCUAGCUAUCACAAACAGGGAAACCAUUCAGUAGCUUAUCUCCCAUAUACAACAUCUAGCUUACCCAAAGGAUCCAUGAAGAAGAUAGAAAUUACAGUUGAACCCUCUCAAAGGAGUCCUUCGCCUAUCAGUAAUCAGCAGUCUCCACGGAAUCAGCACUCGCUGUACACAGCCACCACUCCACCCUCAAGUUCUCCUUCAAGAGGGAUAUCCAGUCAACCAAAACCUCCAUUUAGUGUUAAUCCUGUGUAUAUUACAUAUACACAGCCAACUGGACCUUCAUGCGCUCCAUCACCAUCUCCUCGUGUAAUACCAAACCCAACUACAGUUUUUAAAAUUACCGUAGGCCGAGCAACGACUGAAAAUCUUUUAAAUUUAGUGGACCAAGAAGAACCUUCUGCAGCCCCAGAACCUAUUCAGCCCAUUUCAAUGAUACCAGGCUCUGGGGGAGAAAAGGGAAGCCAUAAAUACCACAGGAGUUCUAGUUCUGGAUCAGAUGACUAUGCCUAUACACAAGCCUUGCUGUUGCAUCAGCGAGCAAGGAUGGAGAGGUUAGCAAAGCAAUUGAAACUUGAGAAAGAGGAGUUAGAACGAUUGAAGGCUGAAGUUAACGGUAUGGAGCAUGACCUAAUGCAGAGACGGCUCAGAAGGGUCAGCUGCACCACUCCGAUUCCAACGCCUGAGGAAAUGACAAGAUUGAGAAGCAUGAACAGACAACUCCAGAUAAAUGUUGACUGUACACUGAAAGAAGUUGACCUCCUUCAAUCUAGAGGAAACUUUGAUCCAAAAGCCAUGAAUAAUUUUUAUGACCACAUACAACCUGGCCCAGUGGUACCACCCAAGCCAUCUAAAAAAGACUCAUCAGACCCUUGCACAGUUGAGAGGAAAGCCCGAAGAAUUAGUGUGACCUCCAAAGUACAGGCGGAUGUCCAUGACACCCAGGCAGCAGCUGCAGAGCAUCUACCUGGCUCCAAGCACAAUCCUCAGACACAGCCCCGAGAUGAAGACUAUGAAGGGGCCCCAUGGAAUUGUGACAGCUGUACGUUUCUGAACCACCCAGCACUAAAUCGCUGUGAGCAAUGUGAGAUGCCCCGAUACACCUGAGUUCAGAAGAGUCUGCACCAGGUUGACAGUGAAGCUGAGCGCCCAUUAGAAGAAAAGGAAACCGCGGGGAUCUUCAUCUGUCCAGCCUUUUCAUUUCAGAUUCCAUAGGGGGCGGAGGAAUGCACUGUAGUUGCCUGUGCUCACUACAGGAAAAAUGGGGAAGGUUUUUUUCCCUUCUUAACUCAUUACAGAGUGAGAGACAGAAAGGGAUACUUGAAACUGGGAAAGGAUUCUCUCCUGAAAGAAUGUACACAGAGAAGUCAAGAGCUCUUCUGUGGGAUCCAGUUGUUGAAGUUACUGCUGAGUGGCCCUUAUUUUAUAAACUAGAACUUGGAAUCAUAGUGUGACAUAUUACAGUUUAUGCAGACAAGCUGUGAAUCCCCAUAGCAGACUUACCUGGUCACAGCUCUCUGAAAAACAAAGCACCCCCCCUCUUCCCCAUGCUUUUUCCCAUUGCUUCCUCCUGAAGAGGACAGGGAAAAGCACUUAGAAUAUGAUGGGCGGGGGUGGGGGGCAAAAUAAUAGGGUAUUUGUAAUUGCUGCUUUUUUCAGGGGUAAUUUCCAACACACAAACAGGAUGUUUUAAAAUGUGAUUUGCAGUAGUCAGGAAUUAGGCAUAUUGUGCCCUUUGUCAAAAGUAUAAUCAUUGCUUGUGCAAUGAUUCAUCAAGCUAUAUCAACACUGGUAACCAAGACCUAAUUACACCACAUAAUAGAUAUAUUUUUGAAGUUACUGCAUGCUUUUAUUAGGUCAUUGGUUUUAAAAAUAACAAACGAGUCCUUACGAAGUAUGAUUUUAUGAAUGACCUUCUCGUAAAACUGUGCUUUAUCAGUUGCACAAUGAAUGUAUGCCCAUUAUAAAUCCAUUCCAAAAUCCAUUUGGAAACCUUGAUCUCAGCUGUGGUUCUACAAGAUACAUUUGCAGUACAUAGGGCCUUUUCUGCCCCCUCCUUUCAGUUUUGUGAGGGAUUCAUGAUGUUUACAGCACAGAUAAUACUUUGUGCCAUAAUCCUAACUUAGCUGAAAAAAAUUAAUUUUAGUUCAAUAAAUAUUUUUUUGCACAUACAUUCAUAAACCAGAGAGGGAAAUUACAGUGGGCUAAUAUAAAGUUGGGAAGGAAGAGAAGGGUAGUCAAAAAAUAUGAUUAAGAAUAAGGUGAAUGAAAAGGACUUUGAAGCUAAGAACUUUUCAAAUUUAACAUACUAUAUUCAGAAAUAACACUGAGUUUGCUCCAAGUAGUUCAAGUGAUACUGAAGCACUCCUUAGUCUGAAACUAGAACUUUAGGGUGUGCACAACUGAAGAGAUGUAAAAUCAUGUGAUUCCCUAGAAUGCACCACUGGAAAAAUUUUAAUAAGACAUUCAAUUAAGGAUUCUACCAUCGUUGAGAAUUGGAUUUUGGAAUCUUCCCCUUAUUUGGGUAAAUAUAAACAGCAAUAAAAGUGAAAUUUGUUCUAAUCCUUAAGGAUUUUUCCUGGGGUUAUAAAUUUAGAAAUAUCCACUUUACACACACACACACACACACACACACACACACACGCUUCAAGCUGUCAUUGCAUUCUAAUUUGGCAGUAAUCUCUGGCAGACCUG